UGAUGUAUUCUGACUGACUGACCUAUUUCUCCAUCUUUUAGACCUGGAAUGUAUCAGCGGAGAGAGAGAACCACACAGUGGUGAGUGAAUUUGUUUUCCAGGGUUUUUCCAGCUUUCACGAACACAAGCUCACCCUCUUUGUGGCAUUUCUUGCCUUGUACCUUGUAACUCUGGCCGGCAAUGUCAUCAUUGUGACAAUCACCAGCACUGACCGUCACCUCCACACCCCCAUGUACUUCUUUCUGAGCUUGCUGUCCGCUUCAGAGACCAUGUACACAUUGGUCAUUAUGCCAAGGAUGCUUUCCAGCCUCAUAGGCCCAAGCCAACCCAUCUCCUUGGCUGGCUGUGCUGCCCAGAUGUUCUUUUUUAUCACUUUGGCCAUCAACAACUGCUUUCUGCUCACAGCAAUGGGGUACGACCGCUACGUGGCCAUCUGCAACCCCUUGAGGUACACAGUCAUCAUGAACAAGAGGGUGUGUGCCCAGCUGGCAUGGGGGGCCUGCAGCAUUGGGCUGCUUGUGGCCAUAAUUCAGAUUUCCUCUGUGUUCAGGCUGCCCUUUUGUGACAGAGAGGUGGCCCAUUAUUUCUGUGACAUCCGCCCAGUUAUGAAACUCUCCUGUGCUGACACCACUUUACAUGACAUAAUUAAUUUUGUCAUCAGCUCACUCGUUAUUGUGGUGCCCAUGGGCCUGGUCUUCACCUCCUACGUCCUCGUCAUCUCCACCAUCCUCAGGAUCACCUCGGCUGAGGGCCGGAAGAAGGCCUUUGCCACCUGCGCCUCCCACCUCACGGUGGUCAUCGUCCACUACGGCUGCGCCUCCAUUGCCUACCUCAAGCCCAGGUCAGAGAACUCCCGGGAUCAGGACCAGCUGAUCUCAGUGACCUACACCAUCAUCACCCCCCUACUGAACCCUGUGGUGUACACCCUGAGGAACAAGGAGGUCAGGGAUGCCCUUCGCCGUGCUAUUGGCAAGAAACCUCUGGCCUAGGAUCUUUGUAAUUUGACACAUAGCCUAUCGUCCUCAGGGUAAUGUUGUAACCUCAAAAAAAUGUUGAUCCUAUCAUUCAUCCUCUACCUAGAAAGAGUUGCAAAAUUUGGUGGUAGGGCCUCAUUAAAGACCCAAGGGCUCCUCCGACUUGAAUUUCAAAUUUCCCAUCAUUCUCCUAUCCUUCUAAUCUCACAGGCUCCCCAGGGGAAUGCUCAGAUGCCACUUCUAAGGUGAAAAGCUGGUAGGGAACAAUCUUAUCAGUUGACAGCAGAAAAGUGGGCUGAAUAACACCGAUUUAAAGCGAUGGGUUGAAAGAUCAGCCUAAAUGUCAGGUAGAGGCUGAGCUCUACACCUUCAAAGAAAGCACAGCUGGUGUACAGGCUGUGUUGGAAACACAGCCACAAUUACCUUCCCCACUUACCAGCACUUUCUCCUCUGGGCGGUGACGAGGGUGACAGAGCCUGACAUGCCGCAAGGAACAUUAUCAGCUUUUAACGUUCUCACCUGCCUUGGGAACCUUUUUUUCCAAUUUUGUUGAAGCUCAUGUUAGAACUGUUUCCUGAGUGAGUCUCGUGUGUCACGUGUUAGUAAGUAACUUGUCACACCAGCAACUGAACUCUCUGCUGUUCAUGUGUGCUUCCUGCGGGCUGAUGCUUAGGCUGUUCUGCGUUCACAGCGCAGGGAUAUCUGAAGACCUUUUAUGAAAUUAAGUUUGUUAAUCCCACCUCCCAGCUAACUCUGGCCGUCUCAGAUCUGGAAAUUCGCCCAUGAUUUUCAUUCUUACUGUAGGGCCUGAGCUGAUACCCAUCUGCAUUCACCCUCUUCAUUUCUGUAGCGAUGAACUCAUGUUCUGUGAGCAGGGGGUGCCUAGGGUAAGCUCUAAGUUUAAACACUUGUCUGAGCAAGUCUUGGAGCCUCCUAAUUCCUGUUGUUGCUUGCUACAGGGGAAAAUGGUAUUGAUUUGUGGGAAAGGUUUUCGGCUUUAGGAUUGCGUGGCCUGGAGUAAAAGAGGAAGAACUUGCCAAAUGUCUUCCAGUCCAUCAAAGGCUGAUGGUCAAAAUAAGCAAAUCCACAUCUCCCACCCACCAUCCUUCUCCCGCUUCGGGACAGUCCCAGUGUCCCCACUGAAGAUGCAUUGAAAGGGCGUGUCAAACAAAGGACGUGGGCGUCCCUCACGGUAAAAGGGAGCCAUGUUUAUGGAGCAUCACCUGAACAAAUAAAAGCUUUCCCUCCUCCCAGCAGCCCACCUCCAAGAAAGUAACCCAAGAAAGAAAGAGGGGCCUCCAGGGCAGUUAAUCUUUGCCUUUAUCUGGGUCACCUCGGAAUCCGUUCUGGGCCAGGGUCAAUGGAAACAGUCUCACAACGCUGCUUCUGAGAAAGCCCCAUUUGAGAUUCUCUAUUUGGGGGCCCUGCUCACUGUAGUUGCCCGUUCCUGUAAAGUCUCCCAGCAGCCACGUCGUUUUUCAGAUUGCAGAGUUUUUCCACCCCAGGACCUGCCACAGCUCUACUGGCUUCUAUAAGAUUGGCGCCCAUACCGAAAGCAAUGUGCUCCCCUGAGUUCCUAUCAAUGCUGCAGAAAAUUAUGGUGCAAUCCACCCACAGUAACAUCUGCAAAAAUAAACAUUGUGUAUUAAAGGCCUACGUACCCUUUGUCUUUUUAAAUAUAGUUUACGCCACCUUAACAGACAGAAAAAAGUUCAAGCCAGCGCAUUUAAUUUCAAAGUGAAUGUGUGAGUGAUUAUCACUAACAUAAAUCGUGUCCAGAGAAGGGAGGCUUCAGCCCACACCUUGGGCUAGUGACCAUAUAGCUGUUAUCUUUAUAAGGCAGGGCCUGCCAGUUCAGGAGGCUGUUACUGUAACGUGAGAGGCACAUCCCCUUUGGGGAGAGCACGUGAUCUGCAGCCAUGUGUCCCCUAUCUCACCAACAAAGGGUUGUUUUGUGUCCUAAUGCCUCCCAUCAGAAUCCCGCUCUUGUCCCAGGACAGUCUUGCCUCUGGCCCCCUACUACCCCUUUCUCACACCCUUCCUCUGCAGGAGCUUCCUACCCUCCCGGGUUCUGCAAUCCCGGAGGCAGGCACCCAGCUGGCCCAGGCAUGGAUUGGGGCCUAGGAAGGCAGGGGCCUUGACAGUGAGCACGCACGCCCAGUGUACAGCGGGUGCUGUCCUCUGAGGUCCUUGGACUUGGAGUUGCAGGAGAGGAGACCGGGAGCAGGGUGGGGUCUGGGAGGCGCUCAGGCACAGGGCACCAUUCUUCAGUGGCUUGUUCACCCUGAGGAUCAGGGACAGAGGCUGUGGCUGAGUCUUCAGGGAAGAUAAACACCUUCCCUCUCAAGGUGACAGAGAAAAGACCAUGUGACAACUGAGUUCUGUCAGAUCUCUUGUGUGCUUCCUUCUCACUGUGGAUGGAAGGAGGCCCUGUCAGGGUACAUACAGUCCACUGGAGUUUGCAAGGUGCCUGUGUGUGCAUUACCUCAGGGACUACAGAAGCAAAAUAUUUGUGUUAGAUGGCAGGUUCUGGUGGAGUUGUCCUGUUAGAAAGAGGAAUUAAAGACAUUCUAUAUCCAUCUGCACUGCCAUCUCCUUUGCACAUUUCCUCUGUGCAGAACAAGCACCAGUCACGGAAAAUGAAACACAGCUGACUCUUAAAUGUAGUACAUGCAGUAUGCAGCACUCCAUGGUCUCCUACCACCAGUCAUGUUCUGAGAUGUCAUGUCCCCCCCGGAACACCUGGACUGAGGUUAGAUGCAAUGGUUUUUCGUGACCUACAGCUUUGGCUCUUCAGGACCAAUGCUCAUAGUCCAAAGUCUGAGAACCAGAAUCGUAUGCAAACCACACGGUCCUUUACGUUGCCCUCUCCCCACUCCCACUCCCUCAUCACAGCUCUUGUGUGCCAGUUCAGCACCAAUUUCCCACCCUCGUUACCCUCGGCUGCAGCAUCAGGAUCCCAGAAGUACUUAUCUUUGACUUCUUUCCUCUUAAGACCCCUGAGAGAAAGGGCUUAGUCAUUAUAGAGUCAACUGUUUUCCUUGCUUAGGGAAGCAAAUCUAACAAAUACUAUGGUCUGGAAAUAAGUUAAAUAAUGACUGACUUAAUCCAGGGAGACAUAGCCUGGAAACACUAUGAAGUCCUGAGUUGAGUUAGCUGUGCUUUAUAGUAAGAAAUGGAAAAACAUUCCCUUAGAUUCAGGGGUUUCUUAGGAAGUGCUCACCCUGGACAAAGAAUAGGAACAGAGCAUUUAGGGAGAGGGAGCUCUGUAGAGAUCACAGACUUCUGUGUUGAGAGAGACGUCAGCCAGUACAAUAUGAAUUAGGAGGAUGGUAAAGUAAACCAUGAAUUUAUCUCCCUUCAUGUGAUUUGUGACCUUGUCAGUAUUCAGACCUACGGCGGAACAGCCUGCUUAGCCAGACAGUGGUGUUUGAAUAGCUUACUGGUGCCAGUGAUAUGACAGAGAAGCGAGCAUCUCAAACUUGAGAAGAUGAGGUUGGGCUUAGUGGCAGUAACAGGAAAAAAAAAAAUAAAGGAUGCAGAACAUUUUUUACUGCUGGAAAAAGCUUUCUAUAACAUUUACGCAUUACAAGGUACAUUCGAUCUCUAAUUGAUCUCAUCCAAUCUUUAUAAUAACUUUUUAUAAGAUUAAUGUGAUUUUUAUCCCCAUCUCAUAGAUUAAGAAACUGAGACUCAGAUGUCAGCAACUUCACAAAGGGAAUUCAGUUCAUUUGGGAGAAACUGGUUUUCUGAUUAAAGUCCAAGAUCCUUCUAAGAUUUCAUAUUUCCUUCCAUGUGACCCAGACUGAAGGAUGGAGAUGGAUCAGAGUGUGAACACCUGAAUCCCUGUAACAACUUUUCUUUUUCUAAUAAAAACUGCAUGUCCCUCCUUCCUCCCUCAGGUGAGAGGAAAUGGUGUUCCCACGUAUAAGCAAAACCAGCUCUCCUUUCUCUAGUCCAGGGGCUUCCUUACGGCAGGCAUAUCCUUACUCACGAAUGUCUGCGGUGGCCUUA